GCUCUCUCCCUCUCUUUUCUCCUAAAACCCUAGCGCCGCCUCCCAAACCCCUCAGCCAGCCGCCGCCGACGAAGCGCGCGGCGAGAUGGCGCUCUACCUGCUCUUCGAGUCGGCGUCGGGGUACGCGCUCUUCCACGCCUACGGCAUCGACGAGAUCGGGCAGAGCGUGGACGCCGUGCGCUCCUCGGUCCUCGACCUCAAGCGGUUCAGCAAGGCCGUCAAGCUCGCCGGCUUCACGCCCUUCGCGUCCGCCAUCGACGCGCUCAACCAGUGCAACGCCAUCUCCGAGGGCAUCAUGACCGACGAGCUCAGGAACUUCCUCGAGCUCAACCUGCCCAAGGUCAAGGACGGCAAGAAGGCCAAGUUCAGCGUCGGCGUCAUGGAGCCCAAGGUCGGGUCACACAUCACCGAGGCCACCGGAAUCCCAUGCCAGUCCAACGAGUAUGUGCAGGAGCUGCUGCGCGCAGUGCGCCUGCACUUCGACCAGUUCAUUGACCAACUCAAGCCAUCUGACCUGGAGAAGGCUCAGCUUGGCCUGGGGCAUAGCUACAGCAGGGCAAAGGUUAAGUUCAAUGUGAACCGUGUGGAUAACAUGGUCAUUCAAGCGAUCUUUCUAUUGGAUACACUUGACAAGGACGUCAAUUCCUUCUCCAUGAGAGUGAGGGAGUGGUACGGCUGGCAUUUUCCCGAGCUGGUCAAAAUUGUGAAUGAUAACUACCUUUAUGCUAAGCUUGCCAAGUUUGUGGUGAACAAAUCUGAUUUAUCGGAGAAAGAUAUUCCAGCUUUAGCAGAUCUAAUUGGAGAUGAAGACAAGGCAAAAGAAAUUGUUGAAGCAGCAAAGGCAUCUAUGGGCCAGGAUCUUUCACCAGUUGAUUUGAUCAAUGUUCAGCAGUUCGCUCAGAGGGUCAUGAAUCUAUCUGAGUACCGUAAAAAUCUAUAUGAAUAUCUGGUAACAAAGAUGAAUGAUAUUGCACCAAACCUGACGUCAUUGAUUGGUGAGAUGGUUGGAGCUCGGUUAAUCUCUCAUGCUGGUAGUCUUUCAAAUCUUGCAAAGUGUCCUGCCUCUACUCUCCAGAUACUAGGUGCUGAAAAGGCGCUGUUCAGAGCCCUGAAAACACGUGGAAACACACCAAAGUAUGGUCUCAUCUUCCACUCAUCUUUUAUUGGUCGUGCAUCAACUAAGAACAAGGGAAGAAUGGCUCGGUACCUGGCAAACAAAUGUUCCAUUGCUUCCCGCAUUGACUGCUAUUCAGAUAUGAGUAGCUCCAUUUUUGGUGAGAAGCUGCGAGAACAAGUUGAGGAAAGACUGGACUUCUAUGACAAGGGUGUUGCACCACGUAAAAACCUUGAUGUGAUGAAAGCAGCUAUUGAGGGCUUGACAAACACGGAGGAUGAUGACGGCAAAGAGAAUGGUGAGGCAUCUGCUAAGAAAAGUAAGAAAAAGAAGUCUAAGGCUGAGGCUAAUGGUGAUGCAAUGGACGUUGACAAUGUUGUGGCUGAAGCUGAAACCCAAACAGAGAAGAAGAAGAAAAAGAAGCACAAGCUUGUUGAGGCACAGGACGAAGAGAUGCAAGCCAAUGGUGAUGAUGAAACCCCUAAGAAGAAGAAAAAGAAGAACCGUGAUGCUUCCGAGUCUGUUGAUCCCAAGACAGGCACUGAAGGGAAGAAGAAAAAGAAGAAAUCCAAGACAGAUGACGAGUAGUACUAGUUUAGCGCCUACGUAUCAAGUAUGGAGUGUUGAACUUGAUAAUGAAGGAUCAAAUUUUUGUACGACAAUAGAUCCAACCGUGCCUGACUGUUUAAGUAUGUACUCUUUGAGCCCUUGAUGAGGUUUGUAAUGUAGCUUGCAUGGAUUGAAGCGGCGAAGCUGUUGCACUA